GGUUUUAUAGAAAUAGAUAUUCAUCUGAUGAUUAUUGUGUUUAUACGCUCUGAAGGAAAAGUCGACUGAAAGUCUUAAGUCUGAAAUGGCUAGUUUGUCAAGCAAUCCUGAAGGACGACCUACUUCAGUUAUCUCCACAGCAUCCUACGCUAGCUCUCCGCCUUUACGGCCCCCGUUAGAUGCUUCAUACUCAAUCCAAACUGGAGAUGGAAUCAAUCCUCACAGACCCUCUGACAUGGACAGCAUACCGUGGUAUCAUUUCAACAUCAGUCGGCAUGUAGCUGAGAGUUUACUUAUAUCAACUGGUGAAGAUGGCAGUUAUCUUUUAAGAGACAGUAGUGCUAACCCUGGGGAGUACAGCCUCUCUGUAAGGUCAAAAGAUUCGGUCAAACAUUUUACUGUUCGCUAUGACGGAGAAUCAUUUACUUUUGGGUUUGGAAAGUUCUCAAACGUGCAAGACCUCAUUAGUCACUUUGAGAGUAAACCCGUUAUCGGAGGAGACUCUGGUAUCUUGACGGUACUAAAGUUCCCUUAUCCUCGGAGUGUGAAGGAGCCCGAGGUGUAUGAUUCAAUCAGAGUGCAUGCUGAGGGCGGAGUCACUGAAACAAAGGCCCAACCCACUUUUGCUAUUGCAUCUAAAGAAGGAUACUUAACUAAACUUGGGCAGCAUAGAAAAAAUUGGAAGACUCGGUGGUUUGUCUUAUACAAGAACGAAUUCAGCUACUACAAAACAAGAGAAGAUAAAACUCCAAUUCGUGUUAUAAAUUUAAAGGAUGUCUCUAUGGUGAUGGCAGAUAACUCUCAAUACAAGAAUUAUUGUUUCAAAGUUGUGUCAUCAUGGCGAACAUUUUUCUUGUAUGCCACGUCAGCUCAAGAAGCCGAGGACUGGAUUAAAAUUCUAAGAUGGAAACUUGAGAGUUUGUCUGGUACUGAAACAUAGCGUACUUAUUACUAUAAACCAAAUAUAUGUAAUUUUUAUUUAAUUUUUAGUGUGUCAGAAAAGAUUAUAAUAAUAAAAAUAUUAUCAUUA